AUGUCGCCCCUCCAGAACACCGAUGUUGACUUGGACUCUGUCACACACCGAGAUCCCGAGGAGGCAGACCACCAAGAUCUUUCCAGCGGACAAGACGACGAUUACGAAGAAGAAGACUCCUGGGUUGCGAAGAUUAGAGGAGGUGGAGAUGAUAAUUCUCCGAUUGAUGCCACCGACUCCAACAUGAAUAAGGCUAGUACCCCCGUCGGCAGCCAGGCAGACGGACCGACCCAGCAUUCCAGCAAAGAAGUCGAGACCGAUGCUGACUCCAUGCUCCAGAACCUCGAGGCUGGCACCGGCCGAGCUGUCGACGACCAACAAGACCAGGUGGAUGACGCUGCUCCAUCCCGUGGUAGAAGACGCAGCAGCGUCAGCAAUUACUCUACCGAUGCACCCGAGGAGACGGACGAUUACCCCUCCCGCCGCGAGACGGACGCCACGGACAGUACAUGGGAUCGCCAUCAUGAUGGCCGGGGGGGAGAAGAGGAAGGUUAUGGGGGCGAACAUGAGACUGAGGACUCCGUGUCCCGCCGUGAGUCCGGUGCUUCGCAGGGAACAUAUGAAUCGAACCGCCGCCGCUCGGAGUACACAUACGACGAGGGUACUGAAGGCGGUGAAGAUAGUCUAGCGCACCGAGAGGACGAUGAUGCCCAGGGCCCAUACUCACGGCGUGAGUCUGGUGCCGAGACCGGGGACGACAGCCUUGCAUACGACAAGGGCAUGGAAGGCGGUGAGGCGAGCCUCGUGUCCGAUGAAGAAGACGGCACUCGGGCCCUCAGGUCCCAGAAAGAGAAGGAAGCCGGCCAUAAAUCUGAAGCUCGUGAGUCUCUGGCCCAGGAUCACUCCAUUCACGAUCAGUCUUUUGCCGACGAUCACUCUACCCACGAGUAUAUGGCGGAGGGUGACUCUAUCCGCGAAUCGGUCGAGUUCGAGACCCAUGACGAAAACGAGCCGGACGAGGAUCGAACGGGCCCAGAGGAGGGCGGCGACAGCGGUAGCUCGCACCACGACAACGAGGACAACGUCUUCAGCGACCACAGCCCUCGCAGCUCCUUUGGCUCGUUAUCCAACCCCGACCACAACAAGAGGGACAUGUCGGUGCAGCUUGACGAUGACGCUGCGAUGACGCAGCGGUCAAAAUCGCCGCGCAUGUCCGAAAUUUCACGCUACGAAGAUGAUGAGGACCAGGAGGAGGUCUUUGUGUCGACGGUCAGGGGUACGCCCCGACCGCCGUUUCGGUCACCAUCGUCGGUCAGGGCCAUGCAGAUGUCAUCGCCACCGCCGAGCGUUGUCGGGUCGUCGAGGCCGGGAAAGCGCCAGAACGCCGGCUCGAGGCUCGAGUCACCGCGCUCAUCGACCCACUUCCCCGAAGACGAGCUGUCUGAUGGAGCCAAGAGCCUCCGCGGCGCCUGGAGGCUGCUGCAGGACCGCAUGGGUGACACUGUCUGCGAGCGCGGCAUCCUGCUCCCGCACCCCCAGAAUGACUUCGAGGUGCUCGAGGAGCGUAUCGUCGAGGCGCUGGAGCUUCCUCUGCGGAAGAGGGCCCGUAUCCUCGAGUGCGGCCACUAUCUCGGCCCGUCCAACGAGAUGACCCUCUCCGAGGACGAGGACAGCGAAGAUGACGAAGACCAAUACCGCAGGGGCUCGGCCACGACGAGGCGCAAUGAUGACAGCGGUGCUCACUGGUGCGGCACGUGCCAGUCUGAGAUCCGCUUCGACGCCCUCGGCGCCGCAAAGGUGUUCCGCGUCAAGGUCUACGCCAGCAACGGCCUGGUCAAGGCUGGCGCGUGGGAGGCUUGCUGGAAGGACAUGGAGCGCGUCGAUGUCGAGGUUGAGCCCAUUGUCGAGCCCCACCUCCACGAGGAGCUCGUCCGUCUCGAUACGGCCGUUCAGCAGGUUGAUCUCGAUCACGCAGAGGUCGAACACGAGCACGCCAUCCACCAGCAACCCCACGAACAGCCGUACUUCGAACGCGGGGCCACUCCCGUCCCGCACGCCUCGAGCGUCUCACCACCACCGCCGGACCGCAUGCCCACCGCCGAACCGGGCCGUCGCUGGGCGGACGAGCAGCGCAUCCGCGACACGUACGGAAGCACGCCCCCAAUCUCCGCUGCCCACCGCGACUCGUACCGCUCCACCUCGGAGGUCCCGCGCGCCGCUUCCACUGUGCCGCCCGCGUCCGUCUCGGAGGAUGCCUGCCACGAGACGCCCAUCUCCCCAUCAGCCGAGGCCUUUGCGCGUCGCGAGGACAACUCCCUGACGGAUCUCCUCGUCCAAACCAUCAGAGUCAUGCUGGCCGACCGCAAGAACGUCUUGAUCUUCCUCAUGAGCGUGUUGGUCCUCGUGCUGGCCGUUCGUGGCGGCAGAUCCUCCGACUCGGUCCAGUUCCCCAGCAGCACCACCAUCUUCCCCGCGCCUUUCCUCCAAGAGCCGCCGCGCCACCCGUCAGCUUUUGACGUUGCCCCCCAUGACCCCUGCCAGACGGUUGGUGUGACGAUGGUAGCCGAUGAGGUUGUUCGUGCUAUCGAGGAGCCCAUUGCUGCCCAGUCUGCCCUCCCUGCCAUCGAGGCAUCCGCGGAGGAACACGGGGCGGCAGAGGGAGAAGAGCCUGUUCAGUCCGAGGUGGUGGAAGAUGCGGCCGAGUCUACGCUGCCUUCGCCCGAGGCCAACCGGGAGGAGGAGGAGGAGGAGGAGGAGGAGGAGGAGGAGGAGGAGGAGGAGGAGGAGGAGGAGGAGCGAGAAGGUCUUGAAGAGGACGUCACCCCGUCCGAGAUAGAAGAAGACAUUGCCGAGCCUACUGCGUCUUCGGUCGAAGUGACAGAGGAUGUGGAGGAUGUGGAGGGAGCGGAGGCAGCACAGCCAUCUGUGGAGCCUGCCAUGGACAUUACGAACCAUGGGGAGGAAGAAGAGGAGAGGAUGCCAGAGUUCUCUAUCGAGCCCACCACGGACGAAGUGGAGGAGGUCGACGAGGUUAUGGAGACGGAGGAGGGUGAGCUUUGA